UGGCAUCGAACUGAACUAGACUCACUUUUGAACGAACUGUCGGAUCGAAUAGGUGCAAUUGGAGUUGACACCACUGGAGAAGUUGUCAACGGAACCAAGUCCUGUGGCCGAGAGUCUGAAACUAUUCCGCUCAUAGAGCCAUAAUAGUUGGAGUGCAAGAUCUCCAAGGAAAGUGAAUUUACUCCUAACUCUGUAAUAAUCAAAAUCCGUAAGAGGAUGAAUUCCCGUUAAACACAAAGUGCAAUCAGAUAAUUGUGAUCCCAAUUUGUCUCUAAUUGUUUGUGUUGUGUACUAAAAGGCCAAAUUAUCCGCAAUUAACGACCUCGUAAGAACGCAUCUCGAAAAGGAAGACUUGUGAAAGCGCCUUAUUGUGUUGAACGUGCAUUGAAGGACAUCCCUUCAAGCGAUUUCCUGGUCCCAUUUGUGUUUUUGUGUUUUUGUCCGUGUGUAUGUGACUUCAACAAAAGAAUCAGUAUCAAAAAACUCUCUUCUGCGUCGUGAGACUUUCUGCUCAUAUCCUCACAACGCCAAGGACCUUGUGCAAAUCGAGUUUCUCACAAGGAAAUGGCAACGGACGUCAUAAUGGACUGGGAUAUCAUAGACAUCUUCAACUUCCAUAACGAACACCGAGAGCUGGACAUUGACAUCCAAUCCGUUCUGCUGAAGGAAACAAGCUAUGGCACGUUACUUUCGCAAAGUGAGGAGGAUCCCAUGUACCAAACAUUGGAAUGCCACAAACGAACCGUUGAACCCCCCAUGAUCCAUUCAUCUUCAUUCUGGAAACCCUCGAAAUGCACAACUCCGACAUCAGAGUUGAACGACUCCGUGGAAUGUGACGAACUUACCCCAGAUAUGCUGAAAGAGGCCAGUGAAGCGGAGAUCCUGUUUAAGGAAGAUUCUUCAAUUUCUCCAUCAGACAUGUGCUCCAGGGAUCCGAUUCCGUGUGAUGAUCAACUGCACAGUGAUAACAACAACAACCGACCAUGUCCUCACUGUAACAAACACUUCCCGUGUAAGUCUACUCUCGAUCGACACCUUCGACGGCAUACAGACGAAAAACCGUUCCAGUGUACCAAAUGUCCCAAGGCAUUCCGGUUCUCCUCCACGCUGUCCGCACACAAGAAGCUGCACGACCAAAGAGGACCCAGUCUGCGGUGUGAAACGUGUGGACGAGCCUUCACACAGCCCAGUGCCCUCUCCAGCCAUCGGCUACUUCAUCGGACGGAUCGACCGCAUUGUUGUACUCUUUGUGGCAAACAGUUUGUCCGCUUGCACGCCCUCAAGACACAUGUCCUUAGUCACGCGAAUGAACGACCCUUCGCGUGCGAUCAGUGUGAAAAAACGUUUACCGAAAAGCACGUCCUUGUGCGCCAUCGGAAGACGCACAGUGGCGAACGGCCGCACGAGUGUGAGGUGUGUUCGAAGGCCUUCAAGGAACGGUAUGACCUACUACGCCACAUGCUCAUUCACAGUGGAUUGCGACCUCACAAGUGUGUCGAAUGUUCGAAAUCUUUCAUCCAAUCCAAUGCACUGGCGAAGCAUCGGAAGUGUCACGAACGGGAACGCAUUCUUGACCACCAGACGGAUUCAGUGUCCUUUUCUGUGACCAGAACGGAAACUACGUGUUGUUAGAUGUAGCUGGGGUAGUUAAAGGCGAGUUAGACCGAUGCAACAGGUGUACAGGCGGUGAAUUUCAUGUGUCAUUUGUCGAUUGUUUGAGUUGAUUUGUCGAAAAUAAAUACACACGUGAUUGUGCAAGUAUAUCCAAAGUUACCAUCAUACAUCCUUCUACGUGUUCACAUGUAAGCUAGUUCUUCAUUGAAUAUCACUCAUACACGAUAGUGUUAAUGGCUUCCAUAUAUUAAAGUAUCAGAAAAUAAAUAAAUACUAAAAUGUACAAAACAAUUCAUGCAUGAUUUGCUUAUAACGUAUCCAUUAAAAAAUUGACUCUUUUUCUAUUCUUUUUGAUAAAGCAUAUCGAGUUUUGGCUGGGAUAUUUUUUAAAUAUCUUCUCUUCUUCAAAUUGGCCAAGAAAUUUCGAUUGGAAACAGUUGGUACGUGUUAGGCGGGUUGGCAUGCCACCAACCUCACCGUUAGAUUUUCCAACUCGAUUGGCUUGGAUUUACAGUUUACCCAUGUGGACAUCUAUUUUGGCCAAAUAUUUGCUCGUUCAUAACAACCCCUUUG